UUAAUUUUAAUUUUAUUGUACAAUUUCUGGUGCCAAGAAACCAGAGAACGUUGGCUUUAUCUAUGAAUACAGGCGGUUGGAUUCACCCCUGUGUAAUGGAUUGCUAUGGCAUGUUAACUUCUACCGAGCAAAUUCAUCGUAGAAAAGAAGGAAAAUUUGGUGACAAAGAUAUUCUCAUGCAUGUCGUCAUAAAAGAAGUCACGAAAUUACUGAUGGACCCCAAUUUGGAUUGUUCUAAUCCAGAAUAUAAAAGGAUUUUCUCACUACAUUAUGUUGGAUACAGAUUGGAAAACGCAGGGCUGGUACACAUUCCAUGUCCAAUUGGAAAAGAGUGGAUACUUAUUGUCGCAAACUUCAUUGAUAAAUCAUUUGAUGUGUUAAAUCCUGAUUCCUCAGUAGGAAAGUUCUCCACAGUAGUUAACACUGUGAUAUUCAAUUUCAAACAACUAUUUGUCAAAUGUUAUCCUGGUUGCUUCAAGUUCAACAUACAUGAUUUUAGUGUUAAGUAUGUUCAUGUGCCAAAGCAAAACUUUAGGUAUGAUUCUGGAAUUUUUGUGAUCCAAUAUAUGAGAUGCUACAAUGGAGUUGAAGUACAACAAUUCUCAAAUGUUGACUUGCAAGCAAUUCGUGAAAAAGUCUCAUGCCAGCUAGUGAUAAACAAAUUUAAUGAGAAACAGGUGCCAAUAGCACGAGAAUUCAUUUCAAAGCAUGCUCCACAUCUUCUUCAUUGA